AUGGCAUUAACUAUUUUAAUUUUAGUUGGACUCAUAUUGUUUUUGACUUUGAUAGGAAUAAUUUUGAUAAAAUUGUUUUGUAACAAAAAAUAAUAAGUCUAAAUUAAAAGUCCAGAAGCAAUUUAAAGGAAUUAGCAUAUUGAUUUAGCUGACCAAGAAGCUAUACCAGAUUCUCAUUAAUCUCAAAUAGAAAAGUAAUAAGGUUAAAUAAAAACACUUAAAUAGUCCAAUACUCCAAAUAGAAAAAACAAACAAAAAAAAGAAAAAUAGUUAAUUGCUGAAAUAGCAUUUUAGUUUAAUGAUGAUAGUGAUAAUGAAAAUGAUAAAAAUUCAUCAGGGACUGAUUAAUAAUAAUCUAUAAAUAUGAGAGAAUAAGGAGGUUUUAAUUUCUAAUAAUCUGAACAUAAUUUAGAGGAGUUAGUAACGCCAACUUAAGUAAAUAGUUAAGAAAUUUGA